GUGCGCUACCACUUUCUCUUUCUUGAUAGAGAAAGAAGCGAAAACUCUGUUUUUCUUUUUUAAUUGCAAUGAGUCAAAGAUACGAUUUUGAGAUGAUUUUUAACACAAAGAUUGGAUUUUGAGGUGGGUUUCACAUGGGAGGCGGAGCAUCUUGCGUUGUCCGCCGCUUGAAACGAUACGUCGUGGACUCCGGAUUACUUGCUUACUCGUUGAUGGUGUCUAUGGCGAUUUGACGCCAUUUUUGGUUACUUCUGAGAUAAUCUGUUGCUGUUCAACGCUCGAAGCGGAACCAGAGGAGAAAAGUUGACACGGCUUUAGGAAAGGAACGGUUGCCACUUCUCCCUUCUCUCUCUUCCUGAGUGCCCUCUCUUUUCUUUUUUGUCUUCUUUGUUUUCUUCUGCAUCCGUCGCUUGGUUUCCCUUUUUCUCCGUCCACUUCUCUGCUCCUUUCACUCUUCUUCUUAUCUCUUUGCCUCCAAUUCCCAUCUCAAAAGAUUCCUUUUUCUCAUGCAAUUCUUGUGAUCUCCUGUCCCUGCUUUCUGUGCAUGGUGGAAGGACGCCAGCUUGCUGAUGGAGAAGGACGGUCACUUUUACUCAGCAGCUUGAACCAAGUCGCCCAGUCCCUGAAGUAAGGAAUUUGGUUUUCAUUUUAUCUUUACCUCAUGCAAUCCUCCUUCAGGAAUGGGGUUCUCAAACCGAUAUAGUAUCUGUGCGUUAGUUGCUUCAAUCACCCAAAAUAUUCCUUGAAAGUCUGUUGGCAUGAUUUAGUGCUUGUUACAACUUACAAGACUAUGGUAAAGUUAAGUUUGCAUGAGGAUGCUGCUGUAUCUUGUAGUUUGGAUAACCGUACAGAAUCUGGAGAAGAUAACUUCUCGAACAAUAAUUGUUCAGAAAAUAUAUACGACUGGGAGAAGAUUAACAGCACCCCUGCUUUGCUUUUGGAUCCCAAACCACCAAAGUUUAGGAAAAGAUGCAGGCAGGUCCAGAGAACAUUUCCAUUCAGCAGCAAUGAAUCAAGUUUCGAUCAGUAUAUUUUGAGUGCAGAUCAUAAACAUGUCUUUGUUCACUCACAAGAAGGCAUUCCAGUUGCGUAUUCCAUAAACCAUAUGAAGACUCUUCAAGCUAAAUAUAUUCACGAUGAAUUCUUCAAGUCUCGUAUUGUUCGGGCGGGAAAUGUAAUUGUAAUUCCUUCAGCCCAGUGUACGAAUGAUUCCAUAGACGACGUCGCGAGGAGAAUUGGCCUCAGGGAAAUCUCGUUUUCUUUCAAUCCAGUGGAGCAAGAUUUUAGUACGAGUCAUAUCAGAUCAAGAUCGGCAAGAACCGCAGAAAAGAGAUCCUUAGACUUAGCAAAAACUCCUGCAAUUUGUAGCCAAUUACAGGUAGACACAAAGCUAGCAAUAAAUUUGAGGAAACAAGAUUCUGAAGCAAAAGGUUGCCGCGACAUGACUGUUUCUUCCUCCUACCUCUCAACCUCACCUGCACAUCCCUCGGUGACUUCGGCGAUCGUAUACUGUGUGUGGGAGAAUAAACUUCCUUACUUCUUGUUCAUUGUGGACGAUGAUGGAGGUGGAAUAUUCAUGGCUAAUGCUGUGAAGGUAAAGUCCUCAGCUGACCUCCAGACCUUUGAUUACAUUUACGUGUUCCAUGCUUGGGAAGUAAGCGGAAAGGCAUCGAAGAAAGAUGUUACCAGUUCUCCGCAUCUCGUCGCAAAGAUGACAGUAUCAAAUUCUCUAGUUGUGAGCUCGAACAGAUCUAAAUUCAUGGAGACUGAAUUUGUCCUGUUUGACGCCAAGGAGGAAGAUUUGGCAGGAAAAGCUAAGUCAUCAUCACACUGCAACAAAACUAACAGGCUGACGAAAAAGGCCUCCGAGAUAUUUCGACCAAGUAGUUUUCUGAAGCACAAUCCUAAACCAAAGAAAAAUGAAUUAGAUUCCCAGUUCGAGGUUCUAUUGCAAACCAUUGAUGAAUCACAGUUAGCAGACCAUCUUACGAAUAAUUUCUUGCCCAUUUUUGAGUUAGCCGCGAUAGUUGUUCGCGACCAUGGAUACAAAAGCUCAAAAGAAGAACCUUGUGGCGGCUGGGGUCUCAAGUUCCUUCAGAAAUCGCCUAAUGACACAGUGAAGAACGGGAAGAGCCUGACUGUUCUAGUUCCAGCCGGAGUUCACGGUGGGCCGGCCACUAAAGCUGAUGGUCCGUCUAGUCUCACCGUUCGAUGGAAGUCCAAUGGACUUUGUGGCUGUGGAGGGUGGGAUGUGGGGUGCCCUCUGAAAGUGCUGAAGAAUGACUCAGCAGAUUCAGGAGGAGAGGAUGUCAAAUCAAUCGAGCUGCUCACAGAGGGUGGAAAACGCGGCGAGCCAUCUUUCAAAGCGGUGAAUACGAGCAAAGGAGUGUAUGUUGUUAGCUUUGAGUCCACACUUUCGGCGCUGCAAUCUUUUUCAGUGGCAGUUGCUUUCAUCCAUUCGCAGACACCGGAGCUGUGUCCGCCACAGCUGUAAGCCUGUGAGCUAGUGAAAGGUGGGCGUUUCCUAAAAAACACAAACUCCAUCAGACUCUCUGCCGCGAAUUAAGUGAAUGCAGAGUCAAACUGAUCAGAGAUCUGACGCAGCAGCAGGAAGUCACAUGCAUGCACUGAACAAGUGGAUACGAUCAGUGCAGUGAAGUGAAGACCGCCAACAAACAUUUCAUAAAUUCAUUUGUAUUUUGAGAGCAAGUUCCCAUCGCUGUUUCUCACAAUUUGUCUCUCUGUGCAUAUCUAGGACUUGGACGAACGAAGGAAAAGGACAUCCUCGAGGCAAAGUUGGCCUUGGUUUUAUCGAGAAGCACUUGAAAAUAAGAAAAAUAAAAAUAAAUUUGAAAAGCUUUUGAAAGAGUACUGUGACUCCGAGAUCUUCCUAAUAAUGAUGCUAAUUUAGAUUUAUUUUGUCGA